AAUGAAGGUUGAAAGUUAAGUACCUUUUUGGCUAGCCUAACCCGUUAAAGUAUUAUGCUUGUUUUUACAUACUUGCAUACUAUGCAUAAAAGUGCAGGCUGGUUUUUAUUUAGGCAAAUUACUAGUGUUGCUAGCAUAAAACAAGCUGAUAUUUAACUUUCAUCUUUAAGGAAGGACAAUAAUGGUGUCCAUAUGGACAAAGCAGAGACUUUGGGGGAUAGGAUUCUAAUUAUAGCAGACGACAAACUGAAAUGUGCUGGUACCCCAUCUUACUUUAAGUCUAAACUAGGGGAUGGUUACCGGCUCUGUAUUUUGAAAGAUGAAGGUAUGCAUACUAAUGGACCUUCAGAGCUGAAUGGGAAUAAAGAUGCUCAGAUUCUCACAAUGGUAAAACAGAUAAUCCCAGCUGCCUUUAUAUCCAAGCAUGUAGACAAUGAGGUCCAUAUGACAAUCCCAGUGCAGACGGACGAACAUUUUGUUCCAUUAUUUAGACUUCUAGAGAACAAGAAAAGUGAGUUGGGGAUAGCGAGUUAUGGUAUAUCAGACAGUGGCCUUGAACAGGUGUUUGUGAAGGUCACAAAAAGUGGCGAGGAGGAUAGCUGGGAUUGUCUACACUUCUCACCUAUAUGUGAUCUGAAGCUUAUAGUUUGA